ACGUGUGGCUGGUGCGUCGGGGCUGGACUGGUGACAUCUUGCGCACAGCAUCUGGGACGAGACGGUCAGUACCUGAGGUUUAAAGAAGUCUCCACUGUCUUUAACCGACUCUUUCAUUUCGUCUCUUUGUCUCCUCAUCCCCGUCUCACCUGGGUCUGCAGCAGGUGUCACUAAGCAUUUCUGUUGGAGGAGCUGUCUCCACACUGUUUUGGUGCUUUCUUCAUGGAAAGAAGACCGAACUAUGUGCGCAAAUUAGCAUGGAUGUGGCUGCAGCGCCCACCGUCCAGGCACCGGCAUGGCUUUUAGCCGCAUCCGCAAACUGGACUCUGCGUCCCGGGGAAUGUCCAGGACGGCGGCGGUCAUGCUCUGCUCCUGCCUCACCUCCCUAUUUCUCCUCCACUGUCUCAGGAUCUCCAGCAGCUCACCUACUCCGCUCAGAGCUCGGGCCGUGGGGCUUCUAGAGAACCUGCGGUCGCUGAGGACCAGACGGCUGGUGCAGGAAUGGACGUUAGGGUCGCAAUUGGAGCGCUACGGUUACGCACGGCGACCCAGGGAUGAGGCGCCGCAGCCGGAGGAGACUCUCAUCCUGCCUCCCCUGGACUUAGUUACCUCCGGGAGGGUGUCGUCGCCGAGGUUCGCAGGUAAACUCAGUCCGCUCGGGGAGGGGAGUAAGAAGCUGCCCCAGGCGCUCAUCAUCGGGGUGAAGAAAGGAGGAACACGCGCUCUGCUGGAGUUUCUCCGGGUUCAUCCAGACAUCAGGGCGGUGGGAGCGGAGCCGCACUUCUUCGACCGCAACUAUGACAACGGGCUGGAGUGGUACAGGGAGCUGAUGCCCAAGACCCUGGAGGGUCAGAUCACCAUGGAGAAGACUCCCAGCUACUUUGUGACCAGGGAGGCUCCAGCCAGGAUCUCCGCCAUGUCCCGGGACACUAAGUUGAUUGUGGUGGUGAGGGACCCGGUCACCAGGGCUAUCUCAGACUACACACAGACACUGUCCAAGAAGCCGGACAUUCCUUCUUUUGAGAGCCUCACCUUCAAAAACAGGACUACGGGGCUCAUCGACACCUCUUGGAGCGCCAUCCAGAUCGGCAUCUACGCCAAGCACCUGGACAACUGGCUGCAAUACUUCCCCAUGGGCCAGAUACUGUUUGUGAGUGGCGAGCGUCUCAUCAGCGACCCAGCAGGGGAGCUGGGCCGCGUCCAGGACUUCCUGGGACUCAAGAGGAUCAUCACAGACAAACACUUUUAUUUCAACCAGACCAAGGGUUUCCCAUGCCUCAAGAAGGCAGAGGGCAGCAGUAAACCCCACUGCCUGGGAAAAACCAAAGGCAGGACCCAUCCCAACAUUGACCCUGAGGUGGUGCAGAGACUGCGGGACUUCUACAGACCAUUCAACCUGAAAUUCUACCAGAUGACAGGGCGUUUUUUUGGCUGGGAUGAGUGAACUUAUUCUAUAGUGUGAGGAGUGUUGUGAGAAUUAUAUCAUAUGAAACCACUUAGGACGGAAAAUAUUUUCUAUUUUAAAAUAUUAGUGACAGCAAAAAUAGUUUAAUUUCUAAUACUCUGUAAAUAUUCCAAGAAAAGUAAAAUGAAUUAGAGUAUUUUGUAAUAUUCUCUCCUUGAAUAUAUUUCUUAUAUUUUUGCUAUACCAAAGCUUUAGUCAAAUUUAAAAAUAUGAUGAGAUUUUUUUCUCCACUCACUGUGGACAAUAACAAUAUUAGAGCUGAGUCAUUAGUACGUAUGAGUGAUUAAAUUUCUCAUAAAACUCCCAACAUAACUUCAUGGCCAGCAGAGAUGUCAUCUUUUUUAUUAUUACUACACUGUAGAAAAAUGGUCGCUGCACUGUCAGUGAGCACUGUGUGACGGCUGGAGAGCGUGAAGUCCAAUCUCCCCCUCACCACCACCCAGGAUAUGCAAUCUUCCACUGUUACUUUUUUCAUCAACAGUGCUGCCUCUAAUCCACAAUCAUGGAGACAGUUUCAUCUGAGGAAAGACGAUUGAGUUGUUGACGGAUUCUCCUCGUGUCUCCCUGCAACUAAAGAAAAAGUCUUUUCCUGCUUUUUUUUCAGUCUGAACUUCUUAACAGUGAGGGAGAACAUGGUCAAUGUUACAGCUUCGACUAAGCCAUUUGAAGACUUUUUUGCUGAAACAAUAUAAAAAUGCUUAAAAAAAUGUAUUUUUGGAAAUUAUUUAUUCCAGAGCUGACAAAAAUGUAUGCUUUCUUCAUUAUUGCGCCUCCCACCGACAUUAAAAUCACACAAGUGUGUGUUACAGUGUGUGACCACACGUUGAGUCAUGAAGGUUUUUUUUUUUAAAUCUCGUUUCACACUGUGAUGUCACAAGACAAAAGUUUCUUCAGUUUUUUUUUUUUCCUAGGAUGUGUAACUAAUACACUUGAUGUCUGCCAUGUCCUGCCUCAGGGCAGUUUGUCUGUUUUCUGUUGUGACCACGUGUCAAUUCAAACCCAAGGAGCAUGAGAACAAAGGCCAAGUUGUGUUCCAAAUUUGUCGCCAUGCAUUGUGAGCCACUUUCUUAGAGCAGAUGUUCCUGAAAAGGACACAAAUGUCAACAGUGUGCCUUAGCAGGGCGGGCACGAGGAGAGAACGAAACAGAGAAAGCUGUGUGUGGUCUGAAUGUACCACCAUUUUAACAGUUUAUUAACAGUUUACUGUAAUGACUCUGGUUUUCUUUGCUCACUGAAUAAAAGACGUUAUAACCAAAUGAUUUAUGCACCAGACUGAAACAAUUUGCAUCACCACAUAUC